UCAUGUACUGCAGGCUAUGUAUCAGCAGCAACAUUUCAAUAUGGAGGCACUGAAACCAUGCUUUUCCAUGAUCCACCAGAAUACUAUAAUCCUCCAGGUACUCAGUUGACGACGAGGUAGGAGCAUCCAGCAGCGUUUGGAGAACAAGAUGUCUUCCAUUAGUUGAUCCGCCUGGGGUGGGCUACCGGUAGCUUCUCGGGUCGGGUUGGAUAACCUAACCCAUGACCCCAAAAAAAAGAGCUGACAUGUGAAGCAGAUUCGGAUAAGGAAGAGACUAUAGCUUAUCAAAUAAUGAAGAAAUACCCCACCCCGUUUCUCUCACACUCUGGAACAGUGGAACCUGACCCAAAACCCAGCCAGCCACCAUCACCGUCCCUCAUCGCCGAACUUUUCUCCUCCGGUACAGGGUACUGUCGCUGCCGGUGGGGACAAAGCGUGGGUGCCGACGCACUCUUCUCUUCGCCACCGCACGAAGGACGCGUGCUCUCUCUCUGUGUCCGAGGCCAGCAUCCCUCUUCGUGCCGUCUGUUGCUCUCUGUCCGAGGUCACUUUCCCUCCUCCGUUGCCAUCACUUCCCAUUCCUCUGCCGCCGCCAUGCUUUGCUGGGAAUAAGUGUGUCAAUAUGUAAUUGAGCAGCAGAGAAAGAAGAAGAACAACUCGAGCAUGGCACAAAUAGCAAUGCCCGUAGCUCCCUCUCUCGCCCUAAUCUCAAACCCUAGACCUCUUUCCAGAGCCGUCUAUUUCCCUGUUCUCAACCCUCCCAAGGCGAGAGGGUUAAGCAUAGAGUGCGCUCGUGUUGGCGGAGUGGAGAUUCCGAACAACAAGAGAAUCGAGUUCUCGCUACAGUACAUCCAUGGAAUCGGAAGGAGCAGAGCUCGCAAGAUUCUCUGCGAUAUAAGCAUGGACAACAAGGUCACUAAGGAUCUCAGUGAAGAGGAACUCAUCACUCUUAGAGAUGAAGUCUCCAAAUACGUCAUUGAAGGGGAUUUGAGGAGGUUUAAUGCGCUGAAUAUAAGGAGAUUGAAGGAGAUUCAAUGUUACAGAGGAAUAAGGCAUAUCCAGGGGCUUCCUUGCCGAGGACAACGUACGAAGAACAAUUGCAGGACCUUGAAGGGUAAGAAGGUUGCUAUUGCUGGCAAGAAGAAGAAGUAAUCGACUCCGUGAGUACAAUUCAAUUCCUUGUAAUUUCUUAUUAGCAAUGCUGCAUUCUGUGUAAUCUGUGCUUAUUUUGUAAAAUACUUAUUACUAGCUUAUAUACCUGAUCUGCAUGGGCAAUUGAGUAAUUUGAAUUCAUUCUUCAAAAUGCAGUUUUACUAUUGGAGUGUGAUUUGUAUAAUCAAUUAUUUAAUGCAUCAGAUUAUUUGAUAAUAAGCAUAAUGAGAAA